UGCACAAGGGCACUCCCCUUACGUCAUAGCUCUUCUAUUCGAGUGGCGAUACAAGAGGUGGUGUUGACUGGGGAAGCGGGAGGAAUCACCAGCAGCAGCAGCAGCAGCAGCAGCAGCAGCAGAUCAAUUUUUCGGUGAGAUUUGGAGCACCAACAAGGGCGCCAUGUUUUCUCGGUUCAGCUUCGGGGUGUCCUCCAAGAAGACGUUCAAGCCGGUCAAGGGCCACCAGGGCGGCUCUAAGCGGGAGGAGCUGCACCAGUUCACUCGGAAGACGCUUGGCAGCGGGAACAUGAGAUUGGCGGUGCAACUCCCGCCUUCCGAAGAGCUCAACGAGUGGCUAGCUGUGAACACUGUUGACUUCUUCAACGAAGUGUCUUUGCUGUACGGCAUCGUGGCGGACGGUGCGGCGCAGUACGACAGGCCCGGGGAGGGCUUCCCCCCCGGGUUCGAGUACCUGUGGGUGCCCGAGGGCGCCAAGGGGAAGGGACGCAAGCCGGCCCCGCAGAAAUGCUCCGCCCCGCAGUACGUGGACCACGUGAUGACGUGGGUGGAGGACCAGAUCAACAAGGAGGAUAUCUUCCCAACUACUCCCGACGCGACUUACCCGAAAGACUUCAAGAAGACGGCGAUGACGAUCUUCAAGCGCCUGUUCCGAGUGUUCGCCAUUAUCUACUGCAGCCAUUUCGACAACAUCGAGCAGCUUGGGGCGGCGGCGCAUCUCAACACUUCCUUCAAGCACUUCAUUUUCUUCGCGCUAGAGUUUGACCUUCUGGCGAGGAAAGAAAUGGACCCGUUGGAGGCGCUGGUUACCCCGCUCGUGGAGGAAUUCAGCCGCGGGACAAUGUCCACAUGA